AUGGACCCUGCAGUUCUUGACAAGAUAAUCGAAAGGUUAACCGAGGUCCGAUCUUCCAAGACAGGGAAGGUAGUGCAGCUUUCGGAAUCAGAAAUCAAGCAGCUGUGUGUUGCCUCUCGCGACAUCUUCAUGAAACAGCAAAAUCUUCUUGAACUUGAAGCACCCAUCAAGAUUUGCGGUGACAUUCAUGGGCAAUACAGUGAUUUAUUAAGGCUGUUUGAAUACGGGGGUUUUCCUCCAAAAGCAAAUUAUCUAUUUUUAGGGGACUAUGUAGAUCGUGGAAAGCAGAGUUUGGAAACAAUAUGCCUCUUGCUUGCUUAUAAAAUUAAAUAUCCAGAGAACUUUUUUCUUCUUAGAGGAAACCAUGAAUGUGCGUCUAUUAAUAGAAUUUAUGGAUUUUAUGAUGAAUGUAAGCGCCGGUUUAAUGUUAGGCUAUGGAAAGCCUUUACAGACUGUUUUAAUUGGCUUCCGGUGGCUGCUCUGAUUGAUGACAAGAUAUUGUGCAUGCAUGGGGGCCUCUCCCCUGAUCUUACAAACUUGGAUCAGAUUAGAAACUUGCCACGACCAACUGCUAUCCCUGACACGGGUUUGCUGUGUGAUUUACUGUGGUCAGAUCCUGGUAAAGAUGUCAAGGGAUGGGGUAUGAACGAUAGAGGAGUUUCAUUCACCUUUGGCUCUGAUAAGGUGUCCGAGUUCUUGACUAAGCACGAUUUAGACCUUGUCUGUCGUGCCCAUCAGGUUGUGGAGGAUGGUUAUGAAUUCUUUGCUGAUAGGCAGCUUGUUACCAUAUUCUCAGCGCCCAACUACUGUGGUGAAUUUGAUAAUGCCGGUGCAAUGAUGAGCGUUGAUGAAAACUUAAUGUGCUCUUUCCAAAUUCUUAAGCCAGCAGAAAAAAAGAAUAGGUUUAUGGCGUCCACAAAAAUGUAG